AUGCUUGCCUCUCGAAGCAUGCGCGCGGCCGCUGCGCCUAUGCGCUCUUCCAUGGCAGCUCGAGGCUUGCCAACAGCUGCCCCUGCGUUCACACCAGCUGCAAGACCCUCUUCGUUGCUCGCCUCGUCAGCAUCACGAGUCGCAGCUAGCUCUGCAUUCGCACAGGCCGGACGACGCACUCUGUUCACUCGCGCACCACCGACACCUCUCGCCCGCACAAAGCAAUUCAUCUACCUCGUCUUUGCACUCGCAGCGGGUACCUUCGGUGUCGCCUACUAUGCCGACUCUCGAUCGGCUAUCCACCGUUGGAUCGCCAUCCCCGCCCUGAAAGCCUUCCUCGACCCCGAAUCAGCGCAGAAGCUUGCCAUCAAGAUGCUCGAGACCGGUCUUGCACCUCGCGACAUGGUGGACGACGAUGCCGUGCUCGAGACGGAGCUCUUCGGUAGGAAACUGUCCAACCCUAUCGGUCUGGCAGCUGGGUUCGACAAACAAGCUGAGGCUAUCGAUGGCUUGCUCGAUCUCGGAUUCGGCUUCAUCGAGAUUGGUAGUGUCACACCCGAGCCACAGCCAGGCAACCCCCAACCGCGCUACUUCCGCCUGAUCGAGGACAACGCUUGCAUCAACCGCUUCGGCUUCAACUCGGAUGGGCACAAUGUCAUCCUCAGCCGUCUGAGGGAUCGUGUCCGAAGGUGGUUGCUCCACUCUUCCAGCGUCUCCAGCUUGCAAGAUGCGCUGGUCGGAUCGCCUGAUCAUGCUACUCCUGAUGCUAGGCAGCUCAUCGCCUCGCAUCCCAAAAGCACUUCGGCUUUCGUCGAUGCAACCGAUCUGCCUCGCAGCUUGCGACCCGCCAAGAUGCUCGGCAUCAACCUGGGCAAGAACAAGACCAGCAAGGAGGAGAGCGUCGACGACUACGUCAAGGGCGUCGAGCGUCUGGGUCCGUAUGCGGACAUGAUCAUUGUCAACGUCAGCAGUCCCAACACUCCCGGGUUGCGUCGUUUGCAGCGUCGCGGCGUGCUCGAAGACCUGCUCACCCAGGUGGUCAAGGCUCGCAACGGCAUGGUAGAGUCGCACCUGAGCUUCUCGAACAAGAAGGUCGAGGUGCCCCUACUGGUCAAGAUUGCGCCAGACCUGAGCGAGGAGGAGCUCCACGACGUUGCCGAUGCAGCGCUCAAGAGCGGGAUCGACGGGUUGGUGAUCAGCAACACCACCAUUGUCCGACCUACGUCGCUUCGAUCUUCUGAGCACGUUCGCGAGACUGGCGGUCUCUCAGGCCCUCCUGUCAAGCCGCUUGCGCUCAAGGCUUUGACGACGGUGUACAAGCGUCUGGAGGGCAAGCUGCCCAUCAUUGGCUGCGGCGGCAUCGCCAGUGGUCAAGAUGCGCUCGACUACGCCAAGGCAGGUGCGAGCGCUAUCGAGCUGUACACUUCGUUCGGCUACCAGGGUGUGGGUCUGCCGCGCCGUCUCAAGGACGAGCUGGUCGAGCUGCUCAAGACUGAAGGCAAGACGUGGAAGGAGGUGGUUGGCACAGGCAUCGAUCUGUCCAGCGUCGAAAUCUCGGCACCCAACGCCGAGGUGCCCACCGGUUUGCACCCCGGCAGCGAUGCCGCGUUCGAGAAGAGCGUUGCUAGCGUCAAGCUCGAGCUCGACGGUCUGCGCGAGAAGUUCGGUCUCAACCAGACGCUCACCAAGGAGAACCUGCAGAGCUUCCUGCCCACCCGUGAAUCGGAUGCCACCUACUACGACCUCAUCGAGAAAGCCCACUCUGCGCUCGGGCUCGAAUUUGCCGCUGGCGAAAAGACGUCGCUCAUCGCGCCCUCGUCUACCGCUGCGCCGACGGAACAGAAGCCAACGGCGGGCGAGAAGCAGGUACAGAUGACCCAGGAGCUGCUCCAAGAUCCGCAGGUGCCGACCAUGAAGGUCGAGUACAGGGACAAGACCAAGAAGGUGUUUGGCGAGACCACGGCGGGUAAGGUGCUCGAGGCCAAGGAGAAUGCUGCGAAUCGCGAGUUUGGCAAGAUCGACAGGACGAGGGUGGUGUAA